CAUAUUCCCAACUCAACAAUCUGCCAAACUCUUGUUAUAGAACUUUGUAAUUUACUAUUAAUACACACAAAAAAGACAAGGGGACAGAUGUACAUAGAAGUGAAAUUCAAUAUUAAAGAAACAUGCAUGUAUCUAUCUCCCUCCUUUAGGCUCCAGUGAGUGAUUUAGGUGUUGUAAAAAUGGAAGAAAAGGUCCUAGAAAUAGGCAAUAAAUGGGGUGUUGAAGCAAAGAAGGUGUGGCACAUUGCAGGACCAGGUAUCUUGAAUGCAGUCUCAUUGGUUUCCCUUGAGUUUGUUACAGCUGCAUUUGCUGGAAGACUGGGAGAUUUAGAGCUUGCUGCUGUCUCAGUAGCUCAUAACGUUAUAGCAGGCUUUGCCUAUGGAGUCAUGUUAGGGAUGGCAAGUGCUCUGGCAACACUUUGUGGUCAAGCAGUAGGAGGUGGACAGUUGAAAAUGCUUGGAGUUUACUUGCAGAGAUCAUGGAUCAUUACUGGAGUUACAUCUUUGUUGCUCACGCCAGUUUUUGUCUUCACUUCGCCGAUACUAAAGCUCCUUCAUCAAGAUAAAGACAUCUCUCAUCUUGCAGGGAAAUACGCGAUUUGGAUAAUCCCACAAAUGUUUGCAUAUGCCCUCAACUUUCCUAUGCAAACGUUUCUUCAAUCUCAGAGCAAAGUUUGGUUCACGGCCAUCGUAUCCAUGGGAGGAUUGGGAAUUCAUGUACUGCUAAAUUGGAUUCUUGUAAUAAAGUUCGGGCAUGGCCUUUUUGGUGCUGCAAGUGCUGGUAAUAUCUCUUGGUGGAUUUUGGACAUUGUUCAGCUUAUUUACAUAAUUUCUGGCUAUUUUCCAGAGGCAUGGACUGGUUUUUCAUGUCUGGCUUUCAAAUCAUUGACUAACUUUGUGAAGCUAUCACUUGCCUCCGCGAUAAUGAUGUGUUUAGAGGUUUGGUACUUCACGGCAGUCAUUCUAAUGGUAGGAGGCUUGAAAAAUGCUACGAUUGCUAUUGAUGCCAUAUCGAUCUGCCUUGGCUUGCAAGUGUGGACACUGACGGUUGCCUUAGGUUUCACUUCAUCGACCAGUGUGAGAGUUUCAAAUGAAUUAGGAGCUGGAAAUCCAAAAGCAGCAAAAUUCUCAAUUACAGUCAAUGUAUUGACAUCAGCUGUGAUUGGCCUUAUAUUCUCAGCUACAAUAUUAGCUACCAGAAAAGAGUUUCCAAGACUAUUCACAAAUGAGCAGCAUGUCAUGAAGGAGACAUCAAAGCUGGGCUAUAUUCUUGCAGCUACCAUCUUCCUUAAUGGCAUCCAACCUGUUCUACUUGGAGUGGCAGUAGGUGCAGGAUGGCAGCUUCAAGUGGCGUUAAUUAGCAUUGGAUGUUAUUAUGGUUUUGGGCUUCCAAUGGGUGCAUUGUUUGGUUACAAGUUCAAACUUGGCGUUGAAGGCAUACUCUCAGCUAUGCUUGCAGGCAGCUUGCUUCAGACCCUCUUCCAGUUCUUUAUCAUUGCACGAACCAGUUGGCACAAACAGGCUCUUCAAGCUGAGGAGAGAGUGAGAACUUUGGGUGGUGAAGUGGAGAACCAAUCAACCUCCCAGUAAAUUUCAUGGGUGGUUGUUCAAUUUUGUAUUUUUUAAUCAAAAGUCAUUUUUCUUUGUUAUGUUACACACAAAAGUUAUUUAACUUUGCCUCUUCUUUCACAAAAAUUAUUUUGAUAUAAUUUGGUUAGAACACUAUCUAAAAUUUGAGACGAAAUAAAAAACCAUCUUUUAUGUUUAAA